UGUAGAUAACAUAACGUUCCCGAACGCAGUCUAGACUAGAAGUAUUGAUCCACUGUGCAAGAUAACUCCGGUUAGCAGAUAUUAAUUACCACAUUUUUUUAAAAUGGCUACUACUGAUAAUGAUACAAUAAUAGAUCAAACUUUGUCAGAGAGAUUGAUGGAAAAAGGACGAAAAUCACCGUUUCUUGUUGCAAGUUUGAUAAGUUUAGCAGGUAUCUGUGGCUAUGGUGCUUAUGGUUUUAGGAAGAAAAAAAUAUCUACACAAUUAUAUUUACUACAACUCCGAGUUGUGGCACAAGGAACAGCAAUAGCUUGCUUGACGAUAGGAAUGGGAUACCACAUGAUAAAGAAGUAUAUUUUACAUGAUGAAAAAGAACCAUAAUGCUUAAUGCUAGAUUAAUAGCUUAACUGUUUCAAAAA